AGAGUUUAGAGCGAGUUGGUGAUCGACCAGUUGAGAUGGAACGGACCUGUCUUCUACUCUUGCUGUUGAGUACACUGGUAUACUGUCGCCUCGGACAAGGUGGAGAUCUCUCCUUUCCAGCCUCUCUGAGUGUCAGUCCUGACAGAUCUCAGUUCUUUGAAUAUGAGUCUGUCUCUCUGAGCUGUGAGGUUCAGGGGAACUCUGCUAGAUGGAGAGUGGUGAGGAACACAUCGAGAGGAAUCCUUUCAGAGUGUAGUACUGACUGGGGAAAACAACAGGGGUCUUCAUGCAUCAUGUUGCUAAUACCAUCAGACAGUGGAGUGUACUGGUGUGAGUCUGGGUCUGGACAACACAGCCAUGCUGUCAACAUCACAGUACAUGCUGGUGCUGUGAUCCUGGAGAGCCCUGCCCUUCCUGUGACUGAGGGAGAUUCUGUGACUCUGCGCUGCAGAUAUCAGGGAACUCCCUCUGACCUCACAGCUGAUUUCUACAAAGAUGGAUCCCUCAUCAGGAAUGAGACUACAGGAAAUAUGACCAUCAAUGCAGUAUCCAAGUCAGAUGAAGGACACUACAAGUGUAACACCUCUGAAGGAGAAUCACCAGAGAGCUGGAUGACUGUGACAGAUCUCUCUCUUCCAGCCUCUCUGAUUGUCAGUCCUGACAGACCUCAGUUCUUUGAAUAUGAGUCUGUCUCUCUGAGCUGUGAGGUUCAGGGGAACUCUGUUAGAUGGAGAGUGGUGAGGAACACAUCGAGAGGAAUCCUUUCAGAGUGUAAUACUGACUGGGGAAAACAACAGGGGUCUUCAUGCAUCAUGUUGCUAAUACCAUCAGACAGUGGAGUGUACUGGUGUGAGUCUGGGUCUGGACAACACAGCCAUGCUGUCAACAUCACAGUACAUGAUGGAGCUGUGAUCCUGGAGAGCCCUGCCCUUCCUGUGACUGAGGGAGAUUCUGUGACUCUGCGCUGCAGACAUCAGGGAACUCCCUCUGACCUCACAGCUGAUUUCUACAAAGACGGAUCCCUCAUCAGGACUGAGACUACAGGAGAGAUGACCAUCCCUGCAGUAUCCAAGUCAGAUGAAGGACUCUACAAGUGUAACAACUCCAGCUCUAAAGGAGAAUCACCAUGGAGCUGGAUGACUGUGACAGUUCUCUCUCCUCCAGCCUCUCUGAGUGUCAGUCCUGACAGAUCUCAGUUCUUUGAAUAUGAGUCUGUCACUCUGAGCUGUGAGGUUCAGGGGAAUUCGACUGGAUGGAGAGUGGUGAGGAACACAUCGAGAGGAAUCCUUUCAGAGUGUAAUACUGACUGGGGAACCAACAAGGGUCUUCAUGCAUCGUGUUGCUAAUACCAUCAGACAGUGGAGUGUACUGGUGUGAGUCUGGGUCUGGACAACACAGCAAUGCUGUCAACAUCACAGUACCUGCUGCAGGUCCAUCUCCCAUUCCAUCUCCAGCAGUCCCAGUGUUGUCCAUGUCUCUACCCAGGCUGCUGUGUAGUCUACUGGUGGGGUCUCCCUACCUGCUGGUGACCAUCAUACUGCUGGUGAAAGGCUGCAGGAGCAGGGCUCAAGGGGAAACCAGGAUACCCAGGAAGACCAACCAAGACCAGUUAGGUGAUCAUGUUGAAGAAGAGUGAGGCUGAGAUCACCUGAUCACCAUAACAACCAUCAGAAUGGAACUCAUGGAAUUCUAAUAUAGAACUGUGAGUCACAAUGCUGUAUGUUGUUACAUUGUAGCUCCACCUGCUGGAACAAUAGUGGCAUUUGAUCUAAUGUGAUCUAUUAACUGAUACAUGUAUUAUUCUGAUUGGAAUGUGUUUUAAUAUAAUGUGUGUUGUAUUAUUCAUUCAGCAGCUGUCCAUUAACAUCAGUCAUAUACUGGUCAUAUACUGUGUAGCAUUAUGGUUGAUACAUUGUCAAUGCCUUCACUUCUCAUGUCUAUACAGAUCAACUGAUAGGUGUUGUGGUUCAGGCAUUAUUGUCACAGGUUCAGUAUAAUGUUAUACCGUUACAUGUUACAGAGAUAGAAAACAUACAGGAGAGGAGAAUUCACUUAUUAUAAUUAUUUACUUUAUUUUCCCAUUUUGGUCUCAUUAUGUUAUUUUGUUUAAACAUGAAACUAAUGUAGUCCUUUUGUUUUAUUGUGGUUGUUUUGUGCAAAACCAUUAUUUUUCAUUUAAUCAUCUAGCUAAGAUUUUGCUUUUGUCUUUGUAGCAUAUAGAGUUAAAUAAAUU